AAGGGAGGCCGGCCCUGGACCUGAGCUGCGUGUCCUGCGCCUGGGCAUCUGCGAAAGAGCCAAGGGCGGCGGACAUCGGGGCACCAUGACUCCUGGGAGGACCCAGCACUGCUUAGCAGUUCAGACCUAUGCCGUGCCCCUCAUCCAGCCAGACCUUCGGCGAGAAGAGGCCAUCCAGCAAGUGGCAGAUGCCCUGCAGUACCUCCAGAAAGUCUCCACAGACAUCUUUAGCAGGAUCUCCCAGAGAGUAGAGCUGAGCCGGAGCCAGCUGCAGGCCAUUGGGGAGAGGGUCUCCUUGGCCCAGGCCAAGAUUGAGAAGAUCAAGGGCUGCAAGAAGGCCAUCAAGGUGUUCUCCAGCGCCAAGUACCCAGCCCCAGAGCGCCUGCAGGAACACAGCUCCAUCUUCACAGGCGCCCAGGACCCUAGCCUGCAGAGACGCCCCCGGCACAGGAUCCAGAGCAAGCACCGGCCUCUGGAUGGGCGGGCCCUGCAGGAGAAGCUACAGUACUUCCCCGUGUGUGUGAACACCAAGCCACAGCCUGAAGACGCUGCCGAGGAGGGGCUUGGGGCCCUUCCGAGCAAUAUCAGCUCUGUCAGCUCCUUGCUGCUCUUCAACACCACUGAGAACCUGUACAAGAAGUAUGUCCUCCUGGACCCUCUGGCUGGUGCUGUCACAAAGACCCAUGUGAUGCUGGGGGCAGAGGCAGAGGAGAAGCUGUUUGAUGCCCCCUUGUCCAUCAGCAAGAGAGAGCAGCUGGAGCAGCAGGUUCCAGAGAACUACUUUUAUGUGCCGGACCUAGGCCAGGUUCCUGAGAUCGAUGUGCCAUCCUACCUGCCUGACCUGCCUGGCAUCGCAGAUGACCUCACAUACAGCGCUGACCUGGGCCCUGGUAUUGCCCCCUCUGCCCCUGGGCCCAUACCAGAAUUGCCCACCUUCCAUACAGAGGUAGCUGAGCCUUUCAAGCCAGACCUAGAAGAUGGGGUGCUUAUAGCACCUCCACCACCACCGCCACCACCUCCGCCUCCCCCAGCCCCUGCAACACUGGUCAGCAUCCCCCCAGCCCAGACCAUGGCCCCAACAAGCCAAGGCACCAGAGAGGACAACAGUGGCAGCAGUGUGUCUCCUACAGCCGCACUUCAGGGAGCUCCCAAGGAAGUGGCUGAGCCCUCCAGUGGCCGGGCCACUCUGUUGGAAUCCAUCCGCCAAGCUGGGGGCAUUGGCAAGGCCAAGCUGCGAAGCGUCAAGGAGCGCAAGCUGGAAAAGAAGAAACAGAAGGAGCAGGAGCAAGUGAGGGCCACAAGCCAAGGUGGGGACCUGAUGUCGGAUCUCUUUAAUAAGCUAGCCAUGCGGCGCAAAGGGAUCUCCGGGAAAGGACCUGGGUCAGGGGCCAGUGAGGGCCCAGGAGGUGCCUUCGCCCGAGUGUCAGACUCCAUCCCACCUCUGCCUCCCCCUCAGCAGCCACAAGGAGAAGAGGAUGAGGAUGACUGGGAGUCCUAGAGGCCUGUGUCAUCCCUCCUGACACCAGGACUGGGCUCCCACCCUCACACAGAAGGGCUGGAAUGGAGGAUGCCUGGACCUUCUUCAAUGAGUAGGGAGGCUGCCUGGAAGCCUCACAGCUGCCAAGCCCCCACCGCUUCCCAGCCUUCACCAGAGCGCUCUUUGAGGAGAUUUUAAGAGACAAGAGUAAUGUGGAUAGUGGGUCAAUAAAGAAUCUUAAGAACAGCAGAAA